AUGAGCGUUAAAGAAAUUUGUGAUGUUCAAUAUGAAUCAACAACGUCUACAUUGGAUGAAACUGUCGAAAAUGUUGUUCAAGUAGAAAAACUUGAUGAAAAAAAUCAAUGUCUAAUUAUUGAAAAUGAAAAUAAGAAAAAAUAUUUACAACAAUUGGAAAUAGAAAAAUCACAAAUUGAUGGACAAUUGACUGCGAUGAAACUUCGUAACGCUGCCUGUCAAAAAGAACACAUAAAUUUAAGAAAUGGAAUAACGGUCGUUAAAUAUCAAAUAGAAAAAAUAAAAGAAAAAAUUGAUGAAACAAAAAAGAGAGAAAUAAAAGAUUUGGAAGAAUUUGAAAAAACCGUUGAUGAAAUAACAGAAAAAUUUAAAUCGGGAUCUCGAAUAUACAAUCGUGAAAAAUUAAUGGAAAAAAUAAAAGAAGAAAAUGAUAAAAGAGAAGAACUCGUUAAAAAAAUAAAUGACGUCAAGGAAAAUUAUUUAAAUUAUUUAAAAGAAAAUGGUUUGAAUGAGAAAAAAAAUGGCGAUGGUGAUGAUGAUGAUGAUUUGAUCGAUUGCAUAAAUUCUAAUUCCGAAUUAUUUUCUAUAAGAGAAAUGACAAAAACUUUGGAUAAAGUCAUAUUCGACAUUAAAAAUUUAAUAAUGAUAAUGACGACGGACACAAAAAAUGAUGGAAUUGAAACGGAGGGAAACGAAUAA